AUGGUUCAAUGGUGGGACAGCGCGAAGAUUGACGCUACUGUCACCCGACAGUUCGUCUGCCGGUUUCUGUCGCCCGAAGAAAUCGAGCGCCUGGACAGACCUUUGGUCUCCGCCGGCGGACUGGCAAACGGGACCUACUGGGACGGGAUCAACACUAGGGCCAAGCGUGUCUUCCUGAUCCUCGUCGACCUGAAGAUUGCGCCUCAGAUCUUUGGCAUAAUCGACAACUCAUGGGACGAUCAUGACUUGCCCGUUCCCGCCGACCAAAUCGGCCGCCUCAAGUUAACGCCUGUCAAGGACGACAAAGUCGAGCGCAAGUUCUUCGUCCGCCAGUUCAACUACCUUUUAAAGCCCUUCAGGCGGGGAGAUCACAUAGUUUUCGACGAGCACGAGAUCGUUCCUCUUGAAGUUAUCGAACGCCGAACGGCUGGCAACAAUGCUAUUGACAAGGUCGUCUUGCCAAACUGCCCUGGUUCAGUCUUUUACCGUCGUCGCAUCCCUCUCGGCAACGGCCCCAACCAGCUCUCUCGAGGAGACUUUGUAGAGAUUAUCAACAGCAUCAGAGGUGUACAAAAUGACCACUUGAUCUCCUACUGCGCAUCGUACACUCAGCACGGAGCAGCAUAUACUCUCUUCACACCGGCUACAGACUCCAACUUGAAGUCCUUUCUCAGCAAUACUCCAUCAUCCUUCAAGAACCUUCUUAAGAAAGACCGGAGACGAAUGAUCAUGAACUGGAUACUCUGUCUCGCCGACACUCUCGCUUACCUUCACAGCCGGAGAAUGUCCCACGGCAACAUUAAGCCUUCGACAAUACUUUUCACCACCCAGCUCCACAUCUUCUACUCUGACUUUACCAGACUCAAUCCUGAGAUCCUGGCUGGAUACUCAGAUAAACAUUCGUUCGACCGAGAGUCUUACGACUAUGCGGCACCGGAGCAAUGGUUUCGUCCAACCGGCGGCCCGGCUAGUCCUAUGGGUCGCAAAGCGACAAUGGCCAUGUCGACUUCUCCAGAAGCUCACACAAACUUUUCGAUUCCCAGGAGCGAUAACCUCAGUAGCCCAAACGCAAUGUUGAACACACCCAACCCUCAACUGAGCCCGCAAGCUGCCGACAUCUUCUCGCUCGGGUGCGUCAUUUUGGAUCUGAUGAGCUACCUCGUCAAGAAGACGACCAAGAGUUUUGCAGCUCACCGCGCUGCAAAGCACAAAACCCCAGGUCGCGGGGGAGCUGUGCCGGACUCGUCAUUCCACAAAAACCUGGGGCAAGUCGAAUCCUGGAUGUCCAUACUGGCUAAGGAGGCGUCGAAGAAAGCGUCUGACCUGGAUGGCGGUUCCGUGUUUCGAGGCAUCGUCCCGUUGAUGCACAUCGUAGCCCGCAUGCUCUCUGCGAAUCCAAAUGAUCGUCCACCCGCAGCCGAGGUGCAAAAUCAAAUUUACCACACCUUGACAAAUUCAUGUGGUAUCACUGAGCCGCAUUGUGUUCACCAGUAUGGCGGUUGGGACUUUGGAAUAUCGCACUUGCGAAUCCAGCCUGUAAUUCCCAACACCGAAUUCAUGCCGCAGUUGAUCCGGCAAAACUCGUUGCCACAGUCGUCCAGACGUGACAGUGGCAGCGUGAGCGGAAGCAUCAGCCCGAGAGGCUUGGUCCAUUCAAGGACAAAUAGCAGUGGCGGGAUGUCGAGCAACAGCGGGGUCAGCAGUGCGGCGAGCAGCGAGCAAGAUCGAGAUCAGGACCAGGAGCUCGGGGCCGGAUUCACAGCGUUGCGAAACAUUCGAGUACCUCCGGUGAGAUCGCCAGGUGCGUGGGACUCCGGCCCCGCUGUACGGGGAGGUCGUGGCGAUCAAGCUCCGGUGUACUAG